AUGAAUGCUUUGUAUGUGACAGUGUCCGUAAUACCGAUCAUACUGGUGUUUGCCGGUUUAAACCACGCUCAUGGACUAACGACUUUUGGAAAAAACACCAAUCAAGGGCAGAAUCCGAUACCGCAAACUAACGUAAAACCAAUAAAUUGCACAAGUCAAGCGAAUUGCACAUUAAUAAAGGGAACAACAUGCAUAAAAUCAUUUUGCCUAUGCGGAGACAACAGCCAUCCGGCAAAUGGGAAAUGCAACGCCAAAUAUAAAGGACCGAAGCAUAUAUGUACAAAUGACGAAGAGUGCGUAGAAAAUGCCGUUUGUGCAGAAUCCACCGACAAAAAAACCAUUAAUAAUUUAUUAACUAAUGGUAACAACAAUAACAAUGCUCCGAUUUUAAUAUGCCAGUGUCUAGAUGGUUUAUUUGCAAUUGGAAGUGUAUGCAGUGGUGCCGCGGUGAAUACAGCGCUGCCAGGUUUGAUGAUAUUCGUUGCAGUACUUGCAAAAAUUUACUGA